GUAGCAAUGGGCAGUGACAGCUACAAGUGGGCACAAUGCGGCAAAUAUACGAUAACUUCGUGAUGGCCUGCAGACACAGGUUCAGAUCAACUUCCACGCGACGCCGACCCGACCGGACCCUCAUCUCCUUUCUUUCUCAGUCUCAUCUUUCUCACCCAUCAUCCAAUAGUCAGACAUAAUUACUUAGAAAGAAAAUUCUACAAGAAUCUUCCCAACUCUUUCCCUAUUAAUUCCACCUCCAAGUUAGCAACUUUUUAACUUACUGGUCCGUUUCAAGUUCUGUGGGAGGUGGGGGGUUUGAACAAUAAUGCAAGCGGCUGAAGCUGCCUCCACUGCAGUUGCAGAAACUUCUCCUCAGAUUGAUAUUGAAAUAAACAAAGGAGUUUCAGAUCCAGGACCAAGCGGGAGGCGUCCAGAUAUUUCACUUCAAAUACCCCCUAAGCCCAUAGUUUUCAGCAAUAGCCAAAGUGGAAAGGGUUUACUUCAGUCUCAAGGUUCCUCUAAAGGUACUUCAUCACCUGGAGGCUUCUUGCGGGGUUUAAGCUUCAAGAAGAAGGGAACUGGACCUGAUGGCGAGAGAAGUUUCCUCCUUAAUUCAGAACCAAAGACAACUCCUGAAAGUCCUAUUAUGGUCAACCUCAAGUCUGCAUUUUCGUGGAAAAGAUGUACCUCUCUUCCUGUAACACCUGCAUCAAACUUAUCUCCUUCUGUUUCCACACCUGCUUCAGCAAGGGCAUUUAAUGACCGGCAAAAUGCACGUAAAGCAGCUGCUCAAACUAUGGUUUCAAGGUCUCUGUCUGUGCCUGGCCAAAACAUUGUCAUUGUAAGAUCGGUAUCAUUCGCUAUCCAUAAUGAGCAUGUACCAACAGAUCCUAGUGAUGAUCAAACAACUUGCGUUCCUGUGGAAGGCAAUGAUGAAGAGAUUCCUGAAGAGGAAGCAGUGUGCAGAAUCUGUCUUGAUGUAUGUGAAGAAGGAAACACACUCAAAAUGGAAUGCAGUUGCAAAGGUGCGCUCAGACUUGUGCAUGAAGAAUGUGCAGUUAAGUGGUUUAGCACUAAAGGAAACAAGACUUGUGAAGUGUGUGGGCAAGAGGUUCAGAAUUUACCCGUCACUUUGCUUCGUGUGCCUACAUCCCUUCGAAGGAAUUCCAGGCAGGAGCAUGGCCAACAGAGUUUGCAUUCACAAACGAUAAGUGCCUGGCAGGAUUUUGUAGUGCUUGUCUUGAUCAGCACAAUUUGCUAUUUUUUCUUUCUUGAGCAGCUACUGAUUCAUGAUUUGAAGACUGAAGCUAUCGUGAUUGCAGCACCAUUUGCUUUUACCCUGGGCCUUUUAUCGUCUAUUUUUGCGGUCAUCCUUGCAAUCAAGGAGUAUAUAUGGACUUACACGGCCCUCGAGUUUGCACUUGUGGCCAUCAUCGUCCACCUUUUCUACACUUUGCUCCAUUUGAAGGCCAUUUAUGCGAUCCUGGUUGCUUCAGUUUUAGGUUUUGCCAUAGCCAUGACUCUCAACUCCAUGUAUAUUCACUACUUUUCUUGGCGAGCUCAGGUUGCUCCCAACACCCCAGUAUGAUCAGAAAAAGAGUUGGAAGACACUGCAUCUUUUCUGCUGCUUGCUAGCUUCUACCAAACCAUCGGUGUACGAAUUUUUAUUUAUUUUUUGUUAAACCGUUACCCAAACACACGAUUGUCUUGUUAUUUUAGAAUUAUCCAGCACGUGCCUACGAAAAUAUCACAUUUUCUUUUCU